CUGCUCCACGCCCCCUCGCCCACCCUAAGGGCCGCGCUCACUGGCCAGCCAAGGCUUGGCUGCUUCUCCGCAGACACACAUUUUCCCUGGAGCCAUCACCAGGGAGAGGACCUGCUGCCCGCCCCUGGACCAAGUGUCAUGAGGUGACCACCAGGCCCGCUGAGCCUCCCAGAGCCGCCAGCCAUGCCCGGGAUUGUAGUGUUCCGGCGGCGCUGGUCUGUGGGCAGCGAUGACCUUGUCCUGCCAGCCAUCUUCCUCUUUCUCCUGCACACCACCUGGUUCGUGAUCCUGUCCGUGGUGCUCUUUGGCCUGGUCUACAACCCGCACGAGGCCUGCUCCCUUAACCUGGUGGACCACGGCCGCGGCUACCUGGGCAUCCUGCUGAGCUGCAUGAUCGCUGAGAUGGCCAUCAUCUGGCUGAGCAUGCGCGGGGGCAUCCUCCACACGGAGCCCCGCGACUCCAUGCAGUACGUGCUCUACGUGCGCCUGGCUAUCCUGGUGAUCGAGUUCAUCUAUGCCAUCGUGGGCAUUGUCUGGCUCACACAGUAUUACACCUCCUGCAAUGACCUCACUGCCAAGAACGUCACCCUCGGAAUGGUUGUCUGCAACUGGGUGGUCAUCCUCAGUGUGUGCAUCACUGUCCUCUGCGUCUUCGACCCCACGGGCCGCACCUUUGUCAAGCUGAGAGCCACCAAGAGGAGGCAGCGCAACCUGCGGACCUACAAUCUGCGGCACCGCUUAGAGGAGGGUCAGGCCACCAGCUGGUCCCGCCGGCUCAAAGUGUUCCUCUGCUGCACCCGGACAAAGGACUCACAGUCAGAUGCCUACUCAGAAAUUGCCUACCUCUUUGCGGAAUUUUUCCGUGACCUCGACAUCGUGCCGUCGGACAUCAUAGCUGGCCUAGUGCUGCUUCGGCAGCGACAACGAGCCAAGCGCAACGCGGUACUGGAUGAGGCAAACAAUGACAUCUUAGCUUUCCUGUCUGGGAUGCCAGUGACCAGAAACACCAAGUACCUCGACCUCAAGAACUCGCAUGAGAUGCUACGCUACAAAGAGGUCUGCUACUACAUGCUCUUCGCCCUGGCCGCUUAUGGCUGGCCAAUGUACCUGAUGCGCAAGCCCGCCUGUGGCCUCUGUCAGCUGGCUCGGUCCUGCUCGUGCUGCCUGUGCCCGGCGCGACCUCGAUUUGCUCCUGGGGUCACCAUCGAGGAAGAUAACUGCUGUGGCUGCAACGCCAUCGCCAUCCGCCGUCACUUCCUGGACGAGAACAUGACUGCAGUGGACAUCGUCUACACCUCCUGCCAUGACGCGGUCUAUGAAACCCCCUUCUAUGUGGCAGUGGACCAUGACAAGAAGAAGGUGGUGAUCAGUAUCCGGGGAACCCUGUCCCCCAAGGAUGCCCUGACUGAUCUGACUGGCGAUGCUGAGCGCCUCCCUGUGGAAGGACACCGCGGCACCUGGCUGGGCCACAAGGGCAUGGUGCUCUCAGCUGAGUACAUCAAGAAAAAGCUGGAGCAGGAGAUGGUCCUGUCUCAGGCCUUCGGGAGAGACCUGGGCCGUGGAACCAAGCACUACGGCCUGAUCGUGGUGGGCCACUCCCUGGGCGCAGGCACGGCGGCUAUCCUGUCCUUCCUUCUGCGUCCUCAGUACCCCACCCUCAAGUGUUUUGCCUACUCGCCUCCAGGAGGCCUGUUGAGUGAAGAUGCCAUGGAGUACUCCAAGGAAUUUGUGACUGCAGUGGUUCUGGGCAAGGACCUCGUUCCCAGGAUUGGCCUCUCCCAGUUGGAAGGUUUCCGCCGGCAGCUCCUGGAUGUCUUACAGCGAAGCACUAAGCCCAAAUGGCGGAUCAUAGUGGGGGCCACUAAGUGCAUCCCCAAGUCAGAGCUGCCCGAGGAGGUGGAGGUGACCACCCUGGCCAGCACUAGGCUCUGGACCCACCCCAGCGAUCUGACCAUCGCCCUUUCAGCCAGCACCCCACUCUACCCGCCCGGCCGCAUCAUUCACGUGGUUCACAACCAUCCUGCAGAGCAAUGUUGCUGCUGUGAGCAGGAGGAUCCCACAUACUUUGCCAUCUGGGGUGACAACAAAGCCUUCAACGAGGUGAUCAUCUCACCAGCCAUGCUCCAUGAGCAUCUGCCCUAUGUGGUCAUGGAGGGACUGAACAAGGUGCUGGAGAACUACAACAAGGGGAAGACAGCCCUUCUCUCUGCUGCCAAGGUCAUGGUGAGCCCCACCGAGGUGGACUUGACUCCUGAGCUCAUUUUCCAGCAGCAGCCACUGCCCACAGGGCCCCCUCUGCCCACUGGGGUGGCCCUGGAGUUGCCAGCUGCAGACCACCACAACAGCAGCGUCAGGAGCAAGUCCCAGUCCGAGAUGAGCCUCGAGGGCUUCUCUGAAGGGCGGCUGCUGUCCCCAGUGGCUGCGGCCUCGGCAGCCCGCCAGGACCCGGUGGAGUUGCUCCUGCUGUCUACCCAGGAGCGGCUGGCGGCCGAGCUGCAAGCCCGGCGGGCACCCCUGGCCACCAUGGAAAGCCUCUCGGAUACAGAGUCGCUGUACAGCUUCGACUCGCGCCGAUCCUCGGGCUUCCGGAGCAUCCGCGGCUCGCCCAGCCUCCACGCGGUGCUGGAGCGCGAUGAAGGCCACCUCUUCUACAUUGACCCGGCCAUCCCUGAGGAAAACCCAUCCCUGAGCUCGCGCACGGAGCUGCUGGCUGCCGACAGCCUAUCCAAGCACUCGCAGGACACCCAGCCCCUGGAGGCGGCCCUGGGCAGUGGGGGCGUCACUCCUGAGCGGCCCCCAAGUGUGGCCAACGAGGAGGAGGAGGCGGGUGGAGAGGGUGGUGGGGUGGCCCCUCGUGGAGAGCUGGCAUUGCACAAUGGACGCCUGGGGGACUCCCCCAGCCCUCAGGUGCUGGAAUUCGCGGAGUUCAUCGACAGUCUCUUCAACCUGGACAGCAAAAGCAGCUCCUUACAGGACCUCUACUGCAUGGUGGUCCCUGAGAGCCCCACCAGUGACUAUGCUGAAGGCCCCAAGUCCCCCAGCCAGCAGGAGAUCCUGCUCCGGGCCCAGUUCGAGCCCAACCUGGUGCCCAAACCCCCGCGGCUCUUCACUGGCUCAGCUGACCCCUCCUCGGGCAUCUCACUCUCUCCCUCCUUCCCGCUCAGCUCCUCAGGAGAGCUCAUGGACCUGACACCCACAGGCCUCAGUAGCCAGGAGUGCCUGGCUACUGACAAAAUCCGGACUUCCACGCCCACAGGCCAUGGGGCCAGCCCCAGCAAGCAGGAUGACCUGGUCAUCUCCGCACGCUAGUACCCGGCAGCAGCUGCCAGCUCCAGCUUGGCCCGAGUGGGAGACCCUGUGGGUACCUGUGGCCAUGCUGGACUAGGUAGCUUUGAGGAGAGGCCCUCAGGGGUCAGCUGGCCUCAGGCCUGGGGCACUGCUGCUGAGCAGGGGGUCCAUAUCCCUACCUCAGCCUAGGACCCCCCAGAGCCAAGGCUGCUGGGCUUAGAGUGGGGAGGGGCCUGCAGGACGGGUCACCCAUCCUCAGGCCUUAACCUGACUCCCCACGGUCAGGCACCUCUGCUCUGGGAUGGGCACUGGGCAAGCUGGCUCCCUGUCGCUGCCCUCUCAGGGCAGAGGUAGAGAGCAGUCCCCUCCCCCAAAAUUUUCACACAUGGUCCAGGUUGACAACUGCCCUGCCCUCCCCAAUCUGGUGCCUGCUGGCCAGCUCCGCCCCCUCCCCAACCCCUGGGUAACCCACAUAAAGGUGGCCCACAGUGCUGUAUAUGUUUACAGAAGCUGCCCAGCUCUGCUCAGAAUGCAUCCUGGGCUUACAAGCGCCCACACUCAAUUGUGUGUUCAGUAGCCGCCCCCCCCCCAUGAAUGGGGCCUGAGGCAGCCAAGGGGCCCAGAGGGGCCUAGAGGAAGGUGGGGUCAGGACCCCUUCUUUGCUUGGUGCCCCUCUGUCUGGCCUCUCUGUCCAUGGGUUCGGGCCACUGUGGCAUGCCCCGCCUACCUGCCACUGUCUGGCUUCCUGGCUCACCUUCUACCCCAGGGACCCUGGCCACUUGAAGGGUGGUGGAUGCUGCUGUGACCACCCUGGCUGCAGCGUCAGGGCCCUGGGAGGAAAGAAGGCACUCAAAGCCCCUGUCUCCUGAGGAUCCCACCAGAGCACUUUAUGUCACCCUGCCAUGCCUGGGCAGCUCUGGGGUCCAGGAUCUGAAACCAAGCUUGCCUCUGCCCACUCUCCUUCCUCAUCACCUGGUUUCCUGGGUCUGGACUCCACCUGCACCCAUGUCCUGCCCAAAGAAAAAUGGGCCAAGCAUGAGGUAUUGUGGGACCUGUCAGGAGACCCUCUGCCCACUGCACAGGGGAGGGUCAGGACCUCAGGUGCUGUCCCAGAUUAACCAGAGGCCACCAUAGGUUCCUUGUGGUUUGGGAAAGCAGCUGGGCGGUGGGAGCUGGGAUUGGGGAGGUUGUGCAUGCUGGUGUCAGGCGUGUGUGUGCAUGUGCAUGAAUGUGCACCACUCCUGAGGAAGGGGCUGCCGGGGGCUGCCCACCCUCCCUGCCUUCCUGCUUGCUGCCCCUUGCAGCAUCAAGAAAACAGCCUGGGAAGUGGGGGCACAAGACAAGCUGGUCACUGAGGAGUGCCUUUGCCUCCUUCCCUGUCAGAGGCUUGAUUCACUCCCAUUUUGGCCCCACCCAGAGCCUCCUUAGGCCACUUAGGCUCUCCUGACCCCAAACCCCCAUCUUAUGAACACUGGUAUCUGGGCCUGAGCCCUUACUCUCCCCCCCCCCCCCCCCCCCCAGCUAGGGCUGGCCCUGACAGAUGGGGACAGAGACCUGGGAGCUGGGCCUCCCUUCACUCUGAUUCUCACCCUCACCAGACUCCAGGCCACCCUGCUGCCGAGGCAGUGCCUCCGACCAGCACAGAAGCAAGACAAAAAUCAGUGGCUCUUAGAAUUCCAAACACUAGAUAGAAUCUUAAAUCAGAAGGAAGUUCGAACAAGCACUCCGGCCAGCAGCAGGCCUUUUAACUCUUCCUCUGCCAGGGUGGAUCUGGGGGUCUCUAGAGUGUGUACCCCAUGCCCAUGACUGAGCCAUCAGGGAUAGAUCCCACCACCCCCAAGGUUGCAGCCAUAUCAUGUUACAGGCUUGGGGUUAGGACAGGCUUGGACUCAGCGCUGGACAGACCAGGCCCAGCCCACCCCACCCCGCCUGGCACCUGAAGGGUGGACCUGCUGCAAGUCUCCCUGCUCUACCCCAUGCCACAUCUUGGGGGGUCUGAGCCACCCCCCUCAUCCCAGCCCGGCUCAGAUCACCCCUACACUCUCCUCCAGACCCGCAGCACAAGCUCUCCCAGCCCUGCGCUGGCCUGUCCUCCCAGGGAUCUGGGCGACCUCCAUAUGCAAUCGAUGUGAGCCGCCGGCCCCACACGCCCUGUGCACUCCACGUGCCGUUCUCCUACGACUUUUUUUGUACUUAAUGUAUGAAAGAUCCACACUAAUAUUGCUGUAAAAAGGAGAGACAAAUUAAUAUAGCCUAUUCUAUAAAUAUGUCUGUAUAUAAGGGUUUCUGUAUAUUGUAUAGGGCUGUGUAUAAACUGAGCCUAGAAGCAC